GGGUCAGCAGUUGUUUAAAUGAUGCAUCGGGGCCACCAACAAGGUGGUCGAGUUUUCAUAUCGUCCAUGCUCUACUUUUUGAUAUAUCAAGAGCAACAAAACGGGAACAAACUGACUCGUUAAAGGGGCGCCCUGCCAUACUUGGAAACUUUACCCCGGCUCUCUUUCACCCAUCUCAUAGCAUAAACGGCGGAUUCCAUUGGGUGGAGUUGGCCAGCAGCACGUGUCCAGGUACCCCCGUGCUACUACUCCCCGCCAAAAUGCAUCAACGACAGGGCCCCAAGUCAACCUUACUUUUCACUCUUCUCCUCGCUGCAACUGCCACAUCAGCAGCGGCGAGUGCAGGAAAAAGGACGGAAUGCAUCACAUCUCGCUCCUCUGAGCUGAUUUCUGUUGCGGCAUGCGGCCACAAGGAGACCCUUCGCCAAUGCUUUUCCAACCCGGACCAUUACGGCUGGGGAGUCAACGCCCAGGCCCAGGACCUGAAGAUCUGCUUCCUCAACGCCGGCUGCACCCCGGAGGCCGCGCAGAUCGAGGCAGAAUGGACCAUCCGCCGAUGCGAUGAGGGCUCCAGAGACCUCCGCAGGCGCCGGGACCCGCAUGAGUCGAUAUCUCCGCCGGCCGCCCCGAUUGCCGCCCGGAUGUAUGACUCGCUGGCGCCCACUCCGACGCCCACUGCACCCCUUGACGCCCGCAGUGGUGACGUCCUCGCCAAACGACAGGACCAACCGCCUCAGCCCACAACACAGCCGCAGCUGCUGGGCGGCUUCAUGCUCUUUGAGUGCUACAGCACGGCGACGACCAGGCAGAAUGUGUGCACGACCGCCCCAGGUAGUAGCAGACAAACUUGUAGCGACGUCAACGUGCCAUUCUACAAGUGCAUAGACGGCAAGAUCUGCCGUCCGGACGCGGCGGGGCUCCCGGGCUGUGUGAAUGCCACCAAGAAGAUGACGACGGCCGGCUACAUCGUCGCUGGCAUCCUGGGCAUCACCAUUUUUGUCGCCACAAUCACCAUCUGCACCUGCUGCAUCCGCGACCGCAACGUCGACAAGCGCCUGCGCAAGGCCGGCGAGCUGGCCACCAUGCAGCGCGAGGCGCAAGCCACUGCGCUCAAGCAGCGGCCGACCAUCGACGUGCGCACCGUCAGUAGCAGCAGUCAACCGCUGAUGGGUGGUGGUGGUGGUGGUGGUGAUGCUGAUGCUGAGGCUAUUGGUGUCGCGCAGACUGAGGGUGCCGCAUACGUUUCGCCACACCCGGGGGCGCGACACGACCCGUUUUCUGAGGGCGCGCCGUACCAAGAUCGUAGAUAAGCACGUAAGCCAUAGAGCUUCAGAUCUGUUGUCAUCGGUUUUGUUUUUGGAGCAAUAUAGUAGUGCUGCACGAUGCGCGGAUAAAAUAAGCGCGCGAUUUUGUGACUAGGAUUCAGCCUAUAUAGGUACCAUUUCAUAGCGUUAUGAUUUGGAAUCGUUUACAUUUCGAGAGACAUGCCUUGGAUUCGUCGCUGCACAAGAAAAAAGUAUGAUCAAAUUCAGGAAAUGUGCAAGUAUAUUGAAUCCCGUGCAGAUACUCCUUAUUCGUCAAAAC